AAUAAUAAUAAUAAUAACAAGGGAAAAAAAAAGACAUGGUUGAAGAGUUGGAAGAGUGUGAAGUUCUCUGGCCACAUGAGAUGAUGAUCAAGUGUCAUGACAACACCACACCUCUUGAUCAAGAUAUCAUUUCUCAUGCCAAAUUAUCAGCUCAUGAAGAGAACAACAAGAACAAGAAGGAGAAGAAGGAAUGUUCAAUGCCAAUGGAGAUACAAAGAGGUCAUUCAUGGUCUCACGGUGCUUAUAUACAUAAGUUUGAUAAUGAUAAUGAAGACGAUGAAGAUGAUGAUUAUAAUGAUUAUGAUGAUGAUAAGGGGAAAGUGCCGCCGCAUGUCGUCGUGGCCCGGAGGUUUACCGACAGGAUGGUGUACUCAGUGUGCACCGGAAAUGGUAGAACUCUCAAAGGCCGUGAUCUUAGAAACGUUAGGGAUUCCAUUCUUAGGAUGACAGGCUUCCUUGAGAGAUAAUUAGUUGUAGUAGUAGUAGUAGAAGAAGAAGAAGAAGAAGAAGAAGGGUAUUUUUGUCUUUUGGUCAUUGGCUUAUU